GCAGGGACAGCCAGAGGCUCGGCUCCUCCUGAGCCAUGCCAGCCAACCUCACAGAGGGCAGCCCCAACUCCAACGGGACCAUGCAGACUCUGGAUUCUUCCACAGCCGUCUGCUUCCCCACAACUCUCCAGGAAGUGGAGGAAGAGGAAUGGGGCUCCUUCUAUUACUCCUUGAAGACUGAGCAGUUGAUAACUCUGUGGGUCCUCUUCGUUUUCACCAUUGUUGGAAACGCCAUCGUGCUGUUCUCCACGUGGAGGAGGAAGAGGAAGUCGAGAAUGACCUUCUUUGUGACUCAGCUGGCUGUCACAGACUCUUUCACAGGACUGGUUAACAUCUUGACAGAUAUCAUUUGGCGAUUCACCGGAGACUUCCUGGCACCUGAUCUGGUUUGCCGAGUGGUCCGCUACUUGCAGGUCGUGCUGCUCUACGCCUCUACCUACGUCUUGGUGUCCCUCAGCAUAGACAGAUACCACGCCAUCGUUUAUCCCAUGAAUUUCCUGCAAGGAGAAAAGCAAGCCAAGAUCCUCACCGUGACCGCCUGGAGCCUCUCCUUCCUGUUCUCCAUCCCCACCUUGAUCAUAUUUGGGAAGAGGAAACUCUCUAACGGCGAAGUGCAGUGCUGGGCCCUGUGGCCUGACGACUCCUACUGGACUCCGUACAUGACCAUCGUGGCCUUCCUGGUGUACUUCAUCCCGCUGGCCAUCAUCAGUGUCAUCUAUGCCAUUGUGAUUCGAACCAUUUGGAUGAAAAGCAAAGGCCACGAUGAGUCGGUGAUUUCCAACUGCUCAGAUGGGAAGCUGUGCACCAGUUACAACCGAGGGCUCAUCUCGAAGGCAAAAAUCAAGGCCAUCAAGUACAGCAUGGUCAUCAUUCUCGCCUUCAUCUGCUGUUGGAGUCCGUACUUCCUCUUCGACAUGCUGGACAAUUUCGGCCUCCUUCCAGACACCGAGGAGCGCUUCUACGCCUCCGUGAUCAUUCAGAACCUGCCGGCCUUGAACAGCGCCAUCAACCCGCUCAUCUACUGCGCCUUCAGCAGCUCUCUCUGCUUCCCCCGCAGUGAGCAAAGAUCACGGGAUUCCAGGAUGACGUGCCGAGAGAGAACCGAGAGGCAUGAGAUGCAGGUUCUGUCCAAGCCCGAAUUCAUCUAGACCCUGGGGCAGUGGUGGUGCUAUGCCGAGCCCCAUCAGC